AGGAUCUUUUAGUUUUUUCAUCAUGGUACAAGAAUAUUCGAGCGCGGAUCUAGAACUCCACAAGACCAAGGAGGAUUGCUGGAUGGCGAUUCAUGGCAAGGUUUAUGACGUCACCAAGUUCUUGAUCGAGCAUCCGGGUGGUGAGGAAGUCAUGUUGGAAGUUGCAGGCAUGGACGCGACAGAUGCGUUCGAGGACAUCGGACACUCUAAGGCAGCUCGGGAGCAACUGAAGAAGUACGAGAUCGGGGACUACAAGAGCGACGGGGAUGCGCCCAAGAAAAAAUCCAAGCUAGGAGCCUCCGCUGACUCCGACGGAGGGUCAGGAGGCAUCACAAAGAUCCUCGUCCCUGUCCUUGUCAUGGCUGUGAUCGCCUUCCUGGUUCAGAAGUUCAUGUAGAGGAGCCGCUGAGAGUCGAGGGGUCGCCCGCGUCUCGGGCAAGGCCCGGGAGGGCCUAGAGGGAGAGGAGACGUUGAGAGAGGAGGGGUUUUCCCUCUCGCCCAUGUUAUUUUGCGCUUGCUGCACACUUGCAUUCCGUCAAUGAAAAGUGACUUCAGCAAUAAAACGACACAUCCU